GUGACCAGCCCAUCCGCCCGGUGACUAAGAGCUGGCACUAUUUAAGAGGCAGCUGGCAUGGGCUGGGAGUUGCUUUUGCUUUUCCCAACAUCCUCACCCGACCUGAGCCUCUGGGGUCCCCGCGGUCACCAUGUGCUACGGCAAAUGCGCGAGAUGCAUCGGCCACUCUCUGGUGGGGCUUUCCGUCCUCUGCAUCGUGGCCAACAUCCUGCUGUACUUUCCCAACGGGGAGACGAAGUACGCCGUGGAGAACCACCUCAGCCACUAUGUCUGGUUCUUCUCCGGCAUCGUGGGUGGGGGCGUGCUGAUGUUGCUGCCUGCGUUUGUGUUCCUUGGGCUGGAGGAGGACGACUGCUGCGGCUGCUGUGGUCAGGAGAACUGCGGCAAGAGAUGCGCGAUGUUUUCCUCUGUCCUGGCUGCUCUCAUUGGAAUCGCAGGAUCUGGCUACUGCGUCAUUGUGGCCGCCGUGGGCCUGGCAGAAGGACCGCUGUGCAGUGACGCCCACGGCCGGUGGAACUACACCUUUGCCAACACCGAGGGACAGUACCUGCUGGAUACCUCCACGUGGUCACAGUGUCAUGAGCCCAAGCAUAUCGUGGAGUGGAAUGUCACUCUGUUCUCCAUCCUCCUGGCUUUCAGUGGAAUUGAAUUCAUCUUGUGCCUCACACAAGUCAUAAACGGAGUACUCGGAGGCAUAUGCGGUUACUGCUGUUCCCGCCAGCAGCAAUAUGACUGCUAAAAGAACCACAAGACAGAGCCACACACUUCUUCUAUUUAUAUAUAUGUAUGUAUUUACUUGUAUUAUUGUCAAACUUUGUACCUGUGCAUCAUAAUCCCACAUAUUUUGCUUUUGUAAAGGAAUAGACUGCUUUCUUCAUGUGGAUGCUGGUGUUUGAGUUUAGCGGACUUUGUUUUAAGGAAGGAGACCGUGAGCUGUGCUCUGGAGGUAAUUGACAGGCCGACUGACUCCUCAGCACAUCUGAGAUAAAUUCUGCAAUGCUUAGGAUGAAAACAACAGUCUAAUUACCAUUGUACAUAUAUGUAUGUCUUUUUUUUAAAAAAAAAAUGAAAGAUGUUGAGUUGCCGUUCUUAAAACUAGGAUAGAGGCAAACCCAAAAACCGGAAAAGAUGACUUUCACUGUUUAUAUGGUAUUUCCCAUUUGUGUGCCUACAAAUUUCCAGCAAGAGGCCUUUGGACUACUGUGUUGUGAGAGGGAACAAACACGUGGUGGGUUUGAAGGACCAGCUGAGAACACUCUUACCCAGAUAAAUGAGUGGAAAAGCACAAUGCUGCUUUUUGCUUGGUGGACUACCAGAGCCUAGACUUUCCUAACACGGGGAAGCACUGUUCCCUUCAAGGAAGAGGACUCCACUUGUAAAGAGAGCCGGGCCAGGAUCCUCGGACAUGAAGAUCAACGGGAAAUGGAAUAAAACAGCUGGCUGCCAUCAAGGGAAAAUGGGGGAAGGAGAGACUAGCAGAAGAGCCACAAGGAAACGCCCCCAGACUUGCUUGUUAACCAUCAAAUAAAGUGUUUACUACCGUUUCAUAGUUGGUUUUAAUAUA